AACGGCCGGAAGUUGUUUCCCAAUCUCGCAGAAGCAGAAGAAUAGCAUUAAGGGCUAACAAGUGCUUACAAUACAUUCAUACCUUGUUGUUGGCUCAGAUAGUCACAAAUUCAUAUACUAAGAUAUCGAUAAGCACUUAAGGAAUAGAAAUCUAAGAUAAUACUUAAAAGUACAGAAAUGGCUGCUGACUGGUUGGGCAGUUUGGUGUCAAUUAAUUGCGGACCAACUCUGGGGGUGUACCAAGGAGAAGUGUCAUCCGUGGACCAGACCAGUCAAACAAUUUCACUGAGACAGCCUUUCCACAACGGAGUUAAAUGCCCAGUUCCAGAGGUGACGUUCAGCGCUAUUGACAUAAAAGAUCUAAAGAUUUUGGAUUUUGGUAAAGGCAGCACAAGAAACGGUACCUCUACCAAAUCAAACACAACUCCAGUUGCUGUGCCAAAGGGUGACCCUAGAACAGUGGAGAAGAUCAGCUCCCCUCAACACUUUUCCAAAAGCUAUGGAGAUCGUCACCUGGAUGUCCCUGGUCAACCAAAAGGCUUUCGUAAAAGACAUAAUUCAUGGUCCUCAAGUAGUCGAGGAGCAAAUCAAGUCACACCAAAAAAGAAUGGAGUCAAAAAUGGUGGUGGCCAAAUGAAGCAGAGAGAUGAUGAGUGUUUUGGCGAUGGAGUGGACGAUGGCCUAGACACUGACUUUGACUUUGAGGGAAAUCUGGCACUUUUUGACAAAGCUGCAGUUUUCUCAGAGAUUGACAUUUCAGAGCGUCGAAAUGGAGCAAGAUCACGAGGGACGCCCCAAGACCAGACACCUUCCCGUUAUCGCCAUGAUGAAAACAUCCUGGAGGCCAAACCUAUUGUGUACAGACAAAUUGCAGUGCCUCAGCCGGGGGACAAAGAGUACUGCACUGAUUCAGGGCUUGUGGUUCCAAGUAUUUCCUAUGAACUGCAGAAGCGGCUCUUGGCUGUUGCGGAGCGUUAUGGACUCUCAUUGGAUAGAAGACUUGAGAUGACUGGCGUCUGUGCAAGUCAAAUGGCACUUACACUGCUCGGGGGCCCUAACAGGUUUACUCCAAAAAAUCUCCAUCAGCGCCCAACAGUGGCUGUACUAUGUGGCCCUCACGUUCAGGGGGCUCAGGGCAUCAGCUGUGGACGCCACCUGGCCAAUCACGAAGUUGAAGUCAUCCUGUUUCUGCCCAAUUUUGUCAAAAUGCUUGAUUGUGUGACCAGUGAACUUUCCCUCUUCAACAAAACAGGAGGAAAACAAGUGUCAAAUGUUAAAGAUCUUCCAGACACACCAGUGGACCUAAUCAUUAACUGUCUGGACUGCCAUGAAAACACAUUCCUGAUGGACCAGCCUUGGUACAGAGCAGCAGCAGACUGGGCAAACCAGAACCGGGCCCCAGUUCUCAGCUUGGACCCUCCUGCAAGUGGACAGGGGCAAGCCGUGGAGGCCAAAUGGUCGCUUUGUCUUUGCCUACCCUUCUCUCUGGCUGAGGGAGCUGGGAGAGUUUAUCUGUGUGACAUAGGUAUACCUCGACAGGUUUUCCAGGAAGUAGGGAUAAAAUUCCAUUCUCCAUUUGGAUGCAAGUUUGUCAUCCCACUGCAUACUGCAUAAUGGGACCAGACACAAUAAAUGCUUAAUUAAAGGUGCACAAUGUAACUUUUCUGGAGGGUCCACCACAUGUUAUUGGUUUACUUGGAAUGUUUCACAUUAUAUAAUUUUACACUUGCGCUUUGAUUGACUCAUAGGUCUUGGCUAAAACAAAUAUUAUAGAAAACAUGCUUUAUUACUGUGAGCGGGAUUGCAACUCUGUUUUGUUGCCAUGGAGGUAGGUUUAAUGCCAUACUAUGUAACAUUCCAGUUAGAGCAAUAACCUGUCCAUUCAAAGAUAAUGGACCUAACUACCAGACAUUGUGUAUCUUUACUCUUUUGGGUUUUGGCGCCUUAUCUUUGAUCUGGCCUAUUUGAAACUAAAUAGCUUUUAACAUGUUAAAAGUUCCAUGUUUAAGCAGACAUGUUUAAAGUUCCAUGUUGGCGUAGAAAAUGGUCUACAAUAUCAAAAUAGGCCAGUAAUUAAUAUGAAUAUUUUUUGUUAUCCAUUGAUUGCAGAGACAUGACAGAAUCAAUAGACAAUCUAUUACUUAUAAAAUAACUUUUUUGAGUUUAAAGUCAAACCCCUGAUAUUAGUCACUUAUAUCCUGCCAUGCACCGUUCCCUUGUUCUUUGAGUUUUGUAUUUCCUUUGACACCAAUGUGAAACAGGGUGCCUGUGAACCACCCUUUGAGGCAGCUGCUUGAGAGUAUGGGAUUGAGAUUUUGCUAUUGCUUAUUAGGCUGCUAAAACAAGGGCUCUACGACAUAUAGCAAUGUUGGGUAUCAUUUGUUUAAGAAAAGCAUUAUGGCAGUGCAAUCCAUACAUUUUUUUUUUUUAAUUUGCCACUGCAUACAAAGCUAAGCAGUGUAUGUUUCCGUGAGUAGAUUGGGGGGAACUGAAGAUGUGGCUUUGAUUAGAUUUUAUCUGUAAAAAGAUAAAUAAUGCAUGACUCUUUCUAUACAAGGCCUUCAGUAGCUAAUGGAGUGGCCGAUACAUAAUGUCAAAAGAAACUGAACACAUGUUGCUUUUGCUGCUUUAUGGACCCUUACAGGGUUUGGGAGUCGGACCACAUUGGUUUUUAAUGUGUCCAGAAGUGAGGCACUUAUGACAGUCUUGGCUAUUGAGUGGGAAUUGCCAACAUUUUAUAUGAAAAAAAUCAUUAAAUGGGUUUUAAUUGUAUAAAAUGUAGCUUCCACUCAUCUCAGAUAUCUCAGGUUGAUUGGAUGACUGGUCAGGUUACUGUUUGAUUACAGGGCACUAGCUUUGGGGAAAUUACUAUGAAAAAUACUAAGGCCUCAUCCUAUUCCAACAUUCCUUGGGCUUGAUGCGUUGUGUCCCAUCUGUUGAAACAAGUCUGGCUUUGCAACAACAGCAGCCAGUGAUAUUGAAUGUGCAUUUUUGUCUUUAACCGCCAGAGGGGUGUCUAAGCAGCACUGCCUUGGCGUUUCCUUAUUUGUCUGUCAGGGACAGUUUAAAUUACAAUUUUCUACAAAAUGUGAUUGUGAACUUUGUCUGUCAUACAAGAGGCGAUAAUUACGAUUUGGUUCAUAAAUCACAAUGUUACAGUGCAGGUUGAUAAAGGUUAAUGUUAAGACUUACAAAAGGAGUUACUCUUCUCAUAACAUCACUAGCGCUCAACUUGACCAAAUAUGACAAGCAUUUCCGUCUGGAUUUGAAGAUUAUUGUCAAUGUAUAAAAAAAUCCUAUUUGUCAACUCUGCAAAAUAAAUAUGCAUAAACAAA